AUGGGAAACAAAUAAGCUCUUUGUCUCGGCAAAGGUGUCUAAAAUAAUUAAUUUAAAAAUUCAUAUUCAUCUUCUAAAUCUACCUCCUCCUCUCUCAAGUCCUCCACAGCUUCAGGCGAAAUAACUAAGAACUCAUUCAGAAUCUUGAAAGUCAUCGGCCGUGGAUCAUUUGGGAAAGUGUUCUUGGUACAGAAGAAGGGGACGAGGAAGCUUUAUGCGAUGAAGGUGCUCAAAAAGGAAAACAUUUUACUUCGUAAUUAAAUCGAUCACACUCGUUCGGAAAGAGAAAUUCUCUAGAAAGCUAAGCACAAUCCAUUUCUAGUUCAAAUGCACUACGCUUUUUAAACUCAGUACAAACUCUACAUGGUUAUGGACUUUAUGAAUGGAGGGGAGCUCUUCUAUCACUUAAGGAGGGAAUAAAGAUUCUCAGAAAGACGCAUUAAGUUUUACGCUGCUGAGAUUAUCCUAGCAAUCGAAUCACUUCAUUAAAGUGGUAUAAUUUACAGAGACCUUAAGCCAGAAAAUAUUUUACUCGAUAACAAGGGUCACAUUAGAAUUACUGACUUCGGACUAUCGAAAUAGGGUAUCUUCAAGCAAAAUGAAGAUAUGACGUUCACUGUAUGUGGUACUCCUGAGUAUUUAGCUCCAGAAAUUAUAAGAGGUGAGGGUCAUGGAAAGGCCGUAGAUUGGUGGAGCCUUGGAGCCCUGCUUUACGAGAUGUAUUGUGGCCGCCCUCCCUUCUAGAACACCAAUAAGAUCCAGCUUUUGCACACAAUAGCUACUAAAAAGAUUGAUUUCUCGAGAAUCGGGAGAGCGUCAGAAGAGUUCCAAAAUCUAAUAAAACGUCUCCUACAUCACAAUCCAAACAGAAGGCUAGGAGGUGGAGACUAAGACUCAGAGGAAUUGAGAAAUCAUCCUUUCUUCUCUGGGCUUGAUUGGGAAUAAGUAAGAAAUAAAUAAAUUGAACCUCCGUUUUCACCUAACGUUGAAGACGAGACUGACGUGAGUAACAUUGAUAUUUCAUUUUUGAAUGAGAUGCCAAUUGACUCACCCAAUGAGUACAAGUUGACUAGCUCUCAAAAGGCGAAAGUACAUUUUGAUAAAUUCACUUAUCAGAGAGACGAUGAUAUUCUACUUAAUAUUACCACUUAGGAAUGCUGA